UCUUUCUUCUUGAAAUCAUCUCCCAAAGCCUCAAAGUUUUGCAUUUAUAAAACAGCUGUAGAAGUUGGAGUGCUGCCAUGGGAGUUGGAGGUGAAGUUGCAGAGAUGCAAUAUGUCAAGGCAAAGACUUCAGUGUGGUGGGAUAUAGAGAAUUGUCAGGUGCCAAAAGGGUGUCAGCCUCAUGCAAUAGCUCAAAACAUUAGUUCUGCCAUUGCUCAGUUGAAUUACUGUGGACCUUUGUCCAUCUCUGCCUAUGGUGACACCAAUCGGAUCCCUCAAUCUGUGCAGCAUGCUCUCUCCAGCACUGGCAUCUCCCUCAACCAUGUCCCUCCGGGGGUUAAGGAUGCAAGUGACAAGAAAAUUCUGGUGGAGAUGUUGUUCUGGGCAGUGGACAAUCCUGCACCUGCAAAUAUAAUGCUAAUUUCUGGAGAUAGAGACUUCUCCAAUGCCCUCCAUCAAUUGAGGAUGAGAAGAUACAACAUUCUCCUUGCUCAGCCACAGAAAGCAUCAGCUCCUCUCCUUGCAGCAGCCAAGAGUAUAUGGCUCUGGACCAGUCUUGUGGCUGGAGGCCCUCCAUUAACAACUAAAAUUGAUGAAAAAAUUUCUGUCCCUAAUGAUAUUCCCUCUGUUCAUGUUAAAGUUCCCCAAUUGGGAAAUCCUGAUGAGAAAGUUUAUAAUAGUGCACUAGUUGAAAUUCUGGAAGAUCAGAAACCUGUAAAUUAUCACCACCCAGGUACUAAUUAUAAUCCAAAGAGUUCCCUGAUGGGGCCUUGCCCAGACGGAUUUUCUCCUUUGAAUCUUGAUCAGAAUGGUUAUAGAAAUAAUUAUCCAUUGCCUUUAAAGCCAAACAAUCACCCUAAUCAAUCUCUGAAUUUUGUCCAAAGAUGUAGUGGAGACACCAAAUUCAAUCCUGUUAGCAUGAAUCUGAAGCCUGCAUCAUUGAGUAAGUCACAAAAUGGACAUAUAGAACAUAGGAAACUGUAUUUUUCUUCUCCAAUGAACUCAAUUAACAUUCCUAGUAGUGUCAUAUGGGGGAUGCCGGGGUGUCCAAAACCUACCAAUUAUUUGCAAAGCCUUAUAGGUGUUAUCUUACAGACACUGAACUCCUUGAAAACUGAAAAGAUAAUACCGACUGAAGGCAAUAUAGUCGAUUGCAUUCAAUAUGGGGAUCCAAAGCACCGGAAUACUGACAUUAAAAAGGCUUUGAAAACUGCUAUUGAUCUACAGAUGGUGGUGAAGCAGAACAUUGGAGCUAUGAACUUGUAUGUUGGUAAGAAUGAGAAACUCUGGAAAUGUGUGAAUCCUAUUGCCGGAAACCCGUUAAGAAUCUCGGAAAGGACCUGGGAAAGAAUUAGAAAAUUUCUGGUAUCUACUGAAGGGCAGUCUGCAAUAGUGGCUUCUCAAUGCAGUUAUGAAGCUGGUACUAUUUUGAAAAAUAUGUGCUUGAAAGAAUUUACAUUAGGUGACAUACUUCAAAUCUUGAACAUGGUAAUUACCAUCAAGAAAUGGAUUGUACAUGGCCAAACAGGAUGGCAACCCAUUAACAUCGCUGUUGCAGAGCUCAACACUGAAUCAGGCACUGUAUCCAGUUUAUAAAAGUUGAAUGUAAUCAGUAGCAAGGGAAAAGGACCUCUUGACCGUUUGAAUUAAAGGUAUUAAGUGCAAAUAGAUAGAUGAAUUGUUGGAAUAAAGGUUGGCAAAAGAAAAGGGCUCUUUGUCACAAGACUGGUUGUGUAGAUUUACUAGAGAUGAAAGUUGUUACACAUGAUGGUCAUUGUUUAGACUCUGGUGUAUUAGAAAUGCGCUAGUAUUGCUUGGGAUUGUGCUGCAGUCCAUUCUGGUCUUUGGUUGCACCUUAUGGAUUCUAAUGACAGUUGGAAGGAUGAUCCUUUUGCUUUGAUUUUCAAUGGAGCAUAUUUCUGCAGAUAAUUUUCCUCCCUCUCAUAUAGUUGAUUGCGCCGUUAGAACUCUAAAUGCAAGGUGUUAUUUAAGAGUGAAACAGAUUUUUGACAUUGGUUGUAUCUUCAAGAAGGGGCAAGCUUUGGUUACUUUUGCAGAGAAAUUACACAGUUUAAGGAAGGAAACACUUAAAUGUAAUUAGAUAAAAUUUCUAGUGGAAGCUGAGAAAUCUCCAGUGACCAUAUCAGAAACUAUGAAAGAUAUCAAGAUGAGGCAUGCAAAAAUUGCGCAAUGCUGUAAAGUUCUUCUGGGUAAAAUUCUUGAAGAUUUGCUGAAUCAACGAGUUUUCUGAUUCAUAUUUUCCGGUACUCUUCUGCAGCAUCAGUUUAGUUGUUUGUCAAUAUAUUUGUUGUACUUCUUUGAAAGUUGUUUAUGGUUUCAGCCCUAAGAAACCUCUAGUCCCUUAAGUAUAAACCUUAAAUUUGAGUCUCUUGUAUGCAGAACUUUGAUGGAAUAAUAAUAAAAAGUGUUUGUUUCUUAA